AUGUGUGUCAAUGUUGGUACUGCUUUAGUUGACAUGUAUGGUAAGUGUGGGUGCAUUGAGUUUAGUUAUCAGUUGUUUCAGAAAAUGCCUAAGAGAGAUGUCGUAACUUGGGGUGUGAUCAUUUCGAGUUUUGCAACACAUGGACAAGCCAAGAAAUGUUUUCAAUUGUUUGAUGAGAUGAUCGAUUCUGGAGUUGAGCCGAAUGGAGUUAUAUUUGUAGCUCUCCUUUCUGCUUGUUCUCAUGCUGGGCUCAUCGAAAAGGGAUGUCAGUAUUUCUACCAAAUGGUACAUGAGUUCGGAAUAAGACCAUCCAUUGAGCAUUUUGGAUGCAUGGUGGAUCUUCUUGGCCGAGCUGGGAGGCUUGCAGAAGCAGAACAGCUCAUUUUAUCGAUGCCAGAAGAACCUAACUCGGUCAUAUUGGGUGCAUUGUUUAAUGCUUGUAGAAUCCAUAACGAUAUUGAAAGGGGGAGGCCCCUAUUCAAGAGACUAAUCAAUUUGGAGCCCUCACCUGAUCGAUAUAAACUAGCAGCGUCCCUGUUUGCUAAUAAUGGAGAAGAUUACGAGUUCAGGAAGUUACUCAAAGAUGAAAGUUUGGAAUCUAGAUGUGGCUUGAGCAGUAUUCAAGUUGAUGGGGUUGAUUAUGAGUUCAUGGUAAGUGAUAUCGCGAACGACAGAGCUCAAGAUGUGUAUGGGACAUUAGAAGGAUAG